AUGCUCACAUCCGUCCCCUGUGUAGCAAGUCUCAAAAAUUUGAAACCAAUAUCACGGGUUUUAGGAACCAAAACCAUUUCCCCCAAAAAAUUCUCCCCCCUUUCUGUUUCCCUCGAAACCAGCAGACCGUCUCCCCCCUUUCUGUUUCCCUCGAAACCAGCAGACCACCCAGCUCUCCCACAGACCGGCACCGGACCACCAUUUCUGGCCGAAAACCAUUUCUCUCCCACAGACUGGCACCGGAUCAGCAGACCACCCAGCUCUCCCACAGACCGGCACCGGACCAGCAGACCACCCAGCUCUCUCAUAGACUGGCACUGGACCACCAUUUCCGGCGGAAACGAUUUCUCUCCCAGCUCUCUCACAGACCUGUUUUUGUUGUUUUUGAACCAAAUAGGCAGGAGAUCAUCUAUUCAAACUACCCUUAUAGUAUUAUAUCUCUUUACAAGUUUCCCAACUGUGCUGUUCGAAAUUAUAAGUGUCCUGAUUGGGUGGCUGAUGGACUAUGGGGUAGCAUCUGCAGUGGUAUUCUUUGCCUUCUAAUUGGAGUUUUUACUUGUUAUAACAAAGGUGAGAGGAAUUGGACAACUUAGUAACUGUCAAUGUAACUUCCACUGCUUUUGUUAUUGUCUUGGUAUAGCUUUGCUGUUCUUCUUUACAAUACGGUAUCUGUGCCUGGAAACCUGGUAGUCAAAUUGUUCUAUUAGGAGGGGUGUUACUUCCUAACUUGUAGAUCUUUUUAUGAGCUUUGUAGGGGCUCUGCAAUUAUAAUGAAUUUUCUUGAUUAAUGCAUACAAACUUCAACUACUUGUGUGUUUUCAUUUCUUUUUUCCCUGUUCUGGUGUUACUUAUGAAAAUUAUGAGUUUCAAAAAUGAUGAA